AUGGGCAAGAGACGUCCGAAAAAAUCGUCUUCUGAGCAACAAAUAGACGAAGAAGAUAUGGCGUCGGCCCCAAAGCAACAGACCGUUGAGUUGACCGACUUGGACCUACCACAAUUGUCCGAGGUUAAGAAGCAAUUGGAAGAAGAAUUAAAUCACCUGACAAAUUCUUUUAGUCAAUUGAGACAGGCGCAGACGCGUUUUCAGGAUUGCAUAGAUAGCGUGGAGUCAAUUAGAAAGAGAAAAGCAGAGUUGAUCGAAACUGAUAAGGUGAUUGUUGAUGUUGGAACUGGAUACUAUGUAGAAAAGACAUCAGAGGAGGCCUUGAAAUUUUAUGGGGAAAAAGUUGAAUUCGUGAAGAACAACCUGGAAACGUUGCAACAAACAAUCACAUCAAAGCAGAAUAAUUUACGAAUAACGCUCGAAGUAAUGCAAAUGAAAAUAUCUCAGGGAAUCGCGAGUUCUUCGAAGUCUUAA